AACGACCUCAAAAUCCGGAGGCUUGUCAUUACGUCAGUACAAUUAAUACUGUGAAAGCGAAAUAUUUGUAAAAAUCAUUAUUCGUUUUUCGUGAUACGCGCGUGUUAAAUAGUUUUAAUAUUAUACCGAAUAUUAAUUCAUGUGUCAAAGAAAUAUAGUAAUACUUGGCAGAAGCAAAUAUUGCGUCGGUAAAAAAUAAAACAAUUAAGAGGUUUAAUUACAAUCUGGUUACGCGCGAAAAUAGACAAAGGAUCUGUGGCUUUUCUAUAUGAAUAACGUAUUCGCUGGUCUCAGUAGUACAAUGUGUCCCGGAUCCUUCAAAAAAGGAAUAAAUCUCAGACAAGAUAUGCAACAGGAAGGAUCAAACUUGAUCAUUUUAAAUGGAAUUAUGCGUCGGAGAUUGUGGGAAUUGUUAGGAACUGUUUGCGUCUUCCUGCUCGCACCUCUCAUCGUGAUUGCUCUGAUCUUUUUAUACAUCUAUCGUCGUUUGGUCGAGAUCGCGUUAAGAAUUCAGUUGCGGAGCAAGUUCGCCGGUCUCUUGAAGGGCACGGAUUCCAUAUGGGCCAUUGAAGAUGUCGUUUCUCCAUCCAUUAUCAAUGUCUUGUUGAUAUUGGAAAAGACCGCGCAGGAUUCAAACGCGAACUUCCUGGAGACUUUCAGGAUUCUGAUAAAUGAACGGCUUGUUUCAAAGGCCGCUGGCACGACGCUUGAGAAAAUGUUUUACCUUCGAAGUCAGAAAUACGGCUACUAUUUUUGGGAGAGAAGCGAUACGGUGGACCUGAAAGACAGGAUCAGAUGGCUGGAGUGUGCGACCGCCAGUUGUGACGGGUCCUGCGAGGAUAUUUCCAGCGAGUCCUUCAGGAAGAACUUGGAAAGCGUGUGCAACAAACCGUUGCCCGAUGAUCACCGAGCCGGGUGGGAGAUCCUUGUCGGGAGACGGUGCCCGAGAUCCAGAUUUCAGGAAAAGGGUCGUUUAUGUCCCGAAGAGAUCUUCAACACCGACACCCAGAAAAUUCCCGUGAUAAUUCGCUUUCAUCAUUCUCUAGGCGAUGGGAUGGCCAUUGUAGGCUUAUUCUUCAAAGCGAUCUCCGAAGAGUUCAAGAUGACAGCGGCAAGAACGAAGAUCAAGAGUAUCGCCUCGUCAGACGAGACUGAAGAAAGUUUUAAGUUGUUAAAACAGCAAGCGAAAAUGUCAACCGGUCGUACAUGGUUGAGUCACAAAGUUAUCGUACUGACACAACUGUAUGAAAAAAUUAAAGAGAUCACACGGAUUACGAUGGCUUUAUUUUCUUUUCCGAAAUACAUCGUUCAACAAGCUGUUUGUAGUAUGGACGAAAACGCUCUGCAUGGUCCACCAUUAACGGGUGAAAAGAUGUUUUACUGGCUGGAUAACGUGACAAAUGAUAAAUCAUUGAAUCUUUUGAUGAAAAUUCGCGAGAUAAGAAAACAUACAGGUUCCAAAUUUGAAGAUAUCGUAUUGGCAGCUUUUUCCGCUAGUGUACACAAAUAUCAUUUAAGCAUUAAGAAAACAGCUCCUGAUGCAUUAACAGUUGCUUUCCCAGUAAGAAUGGCAAUACCUGGCAAAAAUUUAACAUUAGAUAACAACUUUUCGGCUGCUGCCUUGCGAAUUUGUAUCUCCAAUGCGAAUGGAGAAACAAUCGUCGAGCCAAAUCUGGAUUCUCAGUUUUUUAAGCGUCUUCAAGAUAUUACAAAAGCAAAUAACGAACUCAGAAAGCGUUCAGACAUUUUGUAUAAUUAUUGGAUCAUAAAGUAUCUACCUGCGCUAUUACCGGUGAAAAUGUUUAUGCAGGCUUCUCAUUUAGUAGGUAACGGCACGAUGGGGUUUAGCAAUAUGCGCGGACCGGAAAAAGGUCGUAUUCUGAAUAAUUAUAUAACCAACUGUGUCUUCUGGAUACCAACGAGAAACCCUAUUGCUCUCGGCCUAUCUCUGUUAAGUUACGGAGGCAACAAUUUACAACUGUCUUUAAUAGCUGAUAAGUCAAUCGUAAAAGAUGAGACAUUUUUUAAAGAGCUUUUAGAAAAUACUGUACAUGAAAUAGAAACCGCUUAUAAUCAUGUUGUAUUGAUGCGAUUGAAGCUAUCGAAUCUUCCGAUAGAAACAUCCGCGGAGAAAGAUGCCUGUUUCGAAAGAAAAAAAUAUGAGUGACUAAAAUAUUUUAUUUCUUAUGGUGAAAUAUUCUUAAUGUGAAUGCAUUUGGUCAAGGGUAUAAAUUAUUUUAAUACGUUUACAUUUAAUAUUAAGUAAUAAACGCGUUCUGUGGAAUG